AUGAGGGUGUCCGUGCCGGGUCCGGCGGCCGGCCGCGAGCCCUCGACGCCCGGCGGGGGUGGCGGAGACGCGGUCGCUGCCGCCUCGGGCGCCGCGGUGCCUGGCUCGGUGCAGUUGGCGCUGAGCAUCCUGCACGCCCUGCUCUACGCCGCGCUCUUCGCCUUUGCCUACCUGCAGCUGUGGCGGCUGCUCCUGUACCGCGAGCGGCGGCUGAGUUACCAGAGCCUCUGUCUCUUCCUCUGUCUCCUGUGGGCAGCGCUCAGGACCACCCUCUUCUCCGCCGCCUUCUCGCUCAGCGGCUCCUUGCCCCUGCUCCGGCCGCCCGCUCACCUGCACUUCUUCCCCCACUGGCUGCUCUACUGCUUCCCCUCCUGUCUCCAGUUCUCCACGCUCUGUCUCCUCAACCUCUACCUGGCGGAGGUUAUAUGUAAAGUCAGAUGUGCAACUGAACUUGACAAACACAAAAUUCUGUUGCAUUUGGGCUUUAUAUUGGCAAGCCUUCUCUUUUUAGUGGUGAACUUGACUUGCGCAAUGUUAGUCCAUGGAGAUGUCCCAGAAAAUCAGUUGAAAUGGACUGUGUUUGUUCGAGCAUUAAUUAAUGAUAGCCUGUUUAUUCUUUGUGCCAUCUCUUUAGUUAGUUACAUAUGCAAAAUUACAAAAAUGUCAUCAGCAAAUGUCUACCUCGAAUCAAAGGGUAUGUCUCUAUGCCAGACUGUUGUCGUAGGCUCUGUGGUCAUUCUUCUGUACUCUUCAAGAGCAUGUUAUAAUUUGGUGGUGAUCAUCAUUUCUCAGGAUACAUUAGAAAGUCCAUUUAAUUAUGGCUGGGAUAAUCUUUCAGAUAAGGCUCAUGUAAAAGACAUAAGUGGAGAAGAGUAUAUUGUAUUUGGAAUGGUCCUCUUUCUGUGGGAACAUGUGCCAGCGUGGUCAGUGGUACUGUUUUUCCGGGCACAGAGAUUAAACCAGAAUUUGGCACCUGCUGGCAUGAUAAACAGUCACAGUUAUAGUUCCAGAGCAUACUUCUUCGACAAUCCGAGACGAUAUGAUAGUGAUGAUGACUUGCCAAGACUGGGAAGUUCAAGAGAAGGAAGUUUAUCAAAUUCACAAGGUUUGGGCUGGUACGGCACCAUGACUGGCUGUGGCAGCAGCAGUUACACAGUCUCUCCCCACCUGAAUGGACCUCUGACAGACACUGCUCCUUUGCUCUUUACUUGUAGUAACUUAGAUAUGAACAGUCACCAUAGCUUAUAUGUAACACCACAAAACUGA